GUAAGGGCAAUCCUUGACUCGGCAGCUCGAGCAGGCUGUGUUGCUAAAAGCAACUUCGAAACAUGCCCUAUAAAUAGCCGUUCAUUGUCAGCAGGAGUGAAAAGACAAGAGGGAGUGUGCGGCGCUGUGAUUCAGGCCUAAUUAAAGGGUUGCGUCUGCGCAGGGUUAUAAGCGAAGAGCGGCUCCAACAGAUCCUCUAGUCAGUAGGCAACUGCGAGGGUUCGACACGGACAACGUAGCCGGGGCGGAAGGCGUUCGAUGCUGGCUUUGCCUCCACUAUGGCAAAAAUCAUCUUGAGGCAUCUCAUAGAGACUCCAGUGCGAUACGAGCAGGAGUUUGAAGCUCGAGGUCUGGAAGACUGCAGGCUGGAUCACGCUUUAUAUGAACUGCCCGGGCCAACCACCGUGGACCUGGGGAAAGCCAGGGUGGCCCAGCCUGCCCCCGUGGACACCGUAGAGAUGCCGCCCCAGAGAGACGAAUCCCGCUUCCAGGUCCUGCUGGACGUGGUCCAGUUCCAACCCGAAGAUAUCAUCAUUCAGACCUUCGAAGGCUGGCUGCUGAUUAAGGCUCAACACGGAACCAGAAUGGACGAGCACGGUUUUAUCUCAAGAAGCUUCACCCGACAGUAUAAACUGCCCGACGGCACUGAAACCAAAGAUUUGUCUGCCAUCCUCUGUCACGACGGAAUUCUGGUGGUGGAAGUGAAGGAUUCAGUUGGGACCAAGUGAAAUCUUAUCGGUGCCUGUUCACACAGCACGAGGAAGAUUCUGUUUCAGCCCAUGGUGUCACGAGAAUGUGUGUAUUACCUACGUUUGAAAUGAUUUUUAUGAAGAUUAAAAAUAUAGACAUAGUUCCUGGUAUAUUGAGGUUGUCUUUGUUACUUUUACUCAGAAAGGAAAAUUAUUAAAUAUGUUCCUACAGCUCAAGUUGUUGCUAUUCUUACACCUGAGAAACAUGAACAGUUUGGGAGACCAUAGUGUGAUAGCAGAGACGACUCAGAAUUAUUUCUUCGUUACUCCAACAAUGCCAGAGAAGCUGCAUUUUUAACAAUUGAUGGCAAAAGAGCCACAUUAAUUUAAGAAAUUCUUAUCCAUUUUAUGAAAACUUUAUAUUGCUGAAAAGAGCUGUGAUCCCCUUCGCUUGAUAAGCUUUUCUUUUCAGUAUAUUUUAUUACAGUGGAGUGGAGCUUUGUAAACCUAGAGUCUGAAGGUUAAAAUACAGUAUUUGAAAACUGGGUCUGAAAUAUAUUUAUGAUUCACUACAUUUGUUACUGCCUUAAACUUACGUUGGAAUUUUCAGAUAUAAAUCUGAUUUUUAAAAGUUCCAAAUACGUACCUCUUUUUUUUUUAAGCUAAACUGGAUCUUAUCUGCAGUGUUUUCUAAAGCACAGCGUAUGUUCUAUGGCUACUUAUGAAACAUUAAGAUGUAUUAACUCAUACUCAUAAAUUGA